UUCACGAGAACAUUCCGAUCUUAUUGUGCAACUUGGAGAUGAUAUUUCCUCCCUCAUUUUUUGACGUCAUGGAGCAUUUAGCUGUCCACCUCCCGUAUGAGGCAUUGCUUCGAGGACCAGUACAUUAUGGAUGGAUGUAUCAGUAUGAGCGGACCAUGAAAUAUUUGAAGGGAAAGGCAAAAAACCUCGCAAAGGUUGAAGGUUCUAUAAUUGCUGGAAGUUUGACGGAAGAAACAUCUCACUUCACAUCGUACUACUUUGCACCUAAUGUACGGACCCGACAAAGAGCUCCAAGAAGAUAUGAUGAUGGUGGUGUUGCCCCAACAUAUGCAGUUGCUGGUGUUCCGGAUAUCUUUAGCCAGAUUGGGCGAAUGGGUGGGAAAACGAAAGAGGUUUGGUGGUCGAGUGAUGAAGACGCCCAUAGUGCACACACUUACAUUCUACUUAAUUGUGAGGAUCCAUUUAUGCGCUAUUUUGAAAGCCUAUUUGUUAGUCAAGUCCAAGAAGCUAUCCCAGGUAUAUCCACAAGUGAGGUAGAUAAAAUGAAAGAUCGAUAAUUUAUUAAAUGGUUGAAGAGUCAGGUUGAAUAUGAGGAUCCAGAUUAUCCCAUAUGGUUUCACGAAUUAGUUCAGGGUCCACUUGCAAAGGUCACCACAUCACCAAUGUAUUUCUCACGAGGCUUUACUUUUCAUACGUACGAGUAUGGUAAACACCGGGCGACCAGCAAUUAUGGAAUUUGUG